CUUAUUUCCGGACUCUGCGUUCCACAUACAGGAAGUGAGUUUUCGUCGACUGCUGCAGCCUCGCAUUGUCCGUGGAGAUCAGGCUCUUCCACAGAUACGGAGACAGUUCCACCGGAGGGGGAGUAUAUAGAAGAGCACAGGGGUCUGUACAAGGACGUGAUGAUGGAGAAUCACCGCCCCCUCACAUCACUGGAUGGGCACAGUAACAGAGAUACACCAGAGAGAUGUCCCCAUCCUCUGUAUUCCCAGGACUGUACAGAGGAGAAUCACAGGACCCCACAGGAGGAUCAGGUAGAACAUCUUUCUCGUAUAAAGGCAGAAGCUAUAAGGAGAAAAGAAGAGACGGAUGUGAGAGAUAUGAAGGCAGAAGAUACAGAAGGAGAAGAAGAGACGGAUGUGAGAGAUAUGAAGGCAGAAGAUCUAGAGGGAGAAGAAGAGACGUAUGUGACUGAUAUAAAGGCAGAAUAUAUAGAUGGAGAAGAAGAGACAUAUGUGACUGAUAUAAAGGCAGAAGAUAUAGAGGGAGAAGAAGAGACGUAUGUGAUUGAUAUGAAGGUAGAAGAUACAGAGGGAGAAGAAGAGACGUAUGUGACUGAUAUGAAGGCAGAAGAUAUAGAGGGAGAAGAAGAGACGUAUGUGACUGAUAUGAAGGCAGAAUAUACAGAGGGAGAAGAAGAGACAUAUGUGACUGAUAUGAAGGAAGAAGAUACAGAGGGAGAAGAAGACACGUAUGUGAGGGGUGAUCAGCAGUGUAAGGAGGAGGAGAUCCCUACAGAUAUCAGCACAGAUGGGCACACAAGCAGGAACAUCUCAGAAGGACAUCUAAUGUUAUCCCUGGAUUCUGAAAUAACCGAUAACGACAGUAGACAGGAUUCUCCAGGAGCUAACCCCAUUACCCCAAUUAUACAUCCAGCUCUAUCAGCUGGUCUCUCUGAUCCUGGGAAAUGUUCUCCUGAUCACUCUGAUAUUGGUGCAUCUGUUACAGCUCUGACAGUAGAUACAGUGUUUCCCUGUUCUAUAGAUGCCAAAUGUUUUACACAGAACACAAAGCGUAUUACCAAUCAGCCAGCUAAGGCAGGUGAGAGUCCAUUUCCAUGUUCUGAGUGUGGGAAAUGUUUUACAUAUAAAUCAUAUCUUGUUAGACAUGAGAGAAGUCACACAGGUGAGAAGCCGUAUUCCUGUUCUGAGUGUGGAAAAUGUUUUCCACAGAAAUCAGAUCUUGUUCCACAUCAGAGAAGUCACACAGGUGAGAAGCCAUUUUCCUGUUCUGAGUGUGGGAAAUGUUUUUCAUCGACAUCACAUCUUGUUAUACAUCAGAGAAGUCACACAGGUGAGAAGCCAUUUUCCUGUUCUGAGUGUGGGAAAUGUUUUACAUGGAAAUCAGUUCUUGUUAUACAUCAGAGAAGUCACACAGGUGAGAAGCCGUUUUCCUGUUCUGGGUGUGGGAAAUGUUUUACACGGAAAUCAGUUCUUGUUAUACAUCAGAGAAGUCACAAAGGUGAGAAGCCAUUUUCCUGUUCUGAGUGUGGGAAAUGUUUUGCACUGAAAUCACAUCUUGUUCCACAUCAGAGAAGUCACACAGGUGAGAAGCCAUUUUCCUGUUCUGAGUGUGGGAAAUGUUUUUCAUCGACAUCACAUCUUGUUAUACAUCAGAGAAGUCACACAGGUGAGAUGCCAUUUUCCUGUUCUGAGUGUGGGAAAUGUUUUUCAUCGACAUCACAUCUUGUUAAACAUCAGAGGAGUCACACAGGUGAGAAGCCAUUUUCCUGUUCUGAGUGUGGGGAAUGUUUUUCAUGGACAUCAGAUCUUGUUAGACAUGAGAGAAGUCACACAGGUGAGAAGCCAUAUUCCUGUUCUGAGUGUGGGAUAUGUUUUACACAGAAAUCAGCUCUUGUUAUACAUCAGAGAAGUCACACAGGUGAGAAGCCAUAUUCCUGUUCUGAGUGUGGGAUAUGUUUUACACAGAAAUCAGCUCUUGUUAGACAUGAGAGAAGUCACACAGGUGAGAAGCCGUAUUCCUGUUCUGAGUGUGGGAAAUGUUUUUCAUCGACAUCACAUCUUGUUAUACAUCAGAGAAGUCACACAGGUGAGAAGCCAUUUUCCUGUUCUGAGUGUGGGAAAUGUUUUUCAUCGACAUCACAUCUUGUUAUACAUCAGAGAAGUCACACAGGUGAGAUGCCAUUUUCCUGUUCUGAGUGUGGGAAAUGUUUUUCAUCGACAUCACAUCUUGUUAGACAUCAGAGGAGUCACACAGGUGAGAAGCCAUUUUCCUGUUCUCAGUGUGGGAAAUGUUUUGCACGGAAAUCAGUUCUUGUUAAACAUCAGCGAUUUCACAGAUGAGAAGCCAUUUUCAUGCUGUGAGAGAAAUAAAUCUGCUCUUGUUGAACAUAUUAGACAUUACCCAAGUACGGAACCAUUUACAUCUUCUGGAGUAUAAUUAUCACUGCCGUCCAAUGUUCCUCAAGGGUGAAUCCGAUCUCUUAUGCUUUAUAAAAUAUACAUGCUACCACUGGGUGAUAUAAUCAGACGUCAUGGCCUGGUAUACCACUGCUAUGCAGAUUGCCUGCUUUUUGCACCAUGUACUGAGAACGUAAUACCAAUCCUAAAUGGUUGUCUAGCUGAGUGCCAGGGUUGAUGAUGCCAGUUGGCUGUGACUCAGUCUUUGUGAAACAUAAUAGAAGCUCACCAACAAAGGACAAGACUACAGCUUUACCAACCAUCUGGAUUUUUGCUUUGGUGUUCAGAAUUGCAAAAUACUAAACAUGUGCUGAAUCUUUGUGUUGUCCUGGUAUGUGGCUGACACAGACAUCAGGUAUCUGCCACAUACUAAUCCUAAUUCUUCCAUCUGUGGACCAUAGCCAGAAUCAAGCACUUGAUUCCCUCAGAAGUUCAUAGACUACUGCAAUGCCAUCUACCUGGGUCACCCAGCAAAAGAAUUACAGAGCUUGCAGCUAGUACAGAAUGCAGCAGCAAAGCUGUUACCUAACCAGCUCAUUCCUGCCACAUAACACCCAUUCUCUACUCCCUUCACUGGCUGCCUGUAAGAUGACAAAUCUAUUUCAUAAUUGGCUAACUGACCUUCCCAGCCCAACAUUACAUGGUCCAAGGUACUAGAAGCAGCUUCUGCCUCCUUACUGCCCUGCUUGCUUGCUUGCUUCUACAGAUGGACUGUUACCAGCAGUACCAAGAAUCUCCUGUCAUUCAUUUAUGGGUUGAACGUUUAGCUUUGACCAUGGAACUCACUGCCUUGCACAGUCCAAGAGGCCUCCACUCUAGAGACCUUCACAAACAGACUGAUGACUGUUACUCACGCUUUUCAUUAAUGUACCUCUAUUUACUUCCUAAAUAAUACAUCCCAAAUGCUUAGGUCUUUUUUCUGCUGUUUAUUUUGUAUCUUGUGCUUUAUGUAAAUGUGAAUGUCUAAUACCAGUUUGCACAAUCUGUAUUGCUGCACGACAAUAUGGCGGCCAUUGGAACGUGUUUUCACUUCUUCUAGUUUGCCUAACUUGUUGCAGACACUCAUCUUGAUAAGGAGUGUCUGAGUGUUUUCAGAUACAAGAUCCUGUCCAUAUAUACCCUGUACAUUAUCAUGUGCAUUAGAGUCACCCGGGUUCCAUCUGCGGUGGUUUGUUGUAUGUUACAUCUAUAUGGUGCGGAUACUCCCCUGUGUUUCAUAAUAAAAGCUUUUGUUUGCAUCUAAUUAUUACAUUAAAGCUUUUAUUUUUUAUUCUG